AUGUCUUUCUCAAGCCUCGUCCAGGACUUGUCGCUCCGCGACUCGGGCGUUCCUCGGCGGCGCGGCGAAGCCUCUGUGUCGACUGUUGAUGACCGCGCGUCUCAUAUCUCGAUGGCCAAGUCAUACACUAGCACGGCCGCUACGAGCGUGAGCAUCGCCGGCGACAUUGGCAGCCAGCUCCACGCCGGCUACAGCCACCCGCUCGCGCGCUCAUGGCAGGCCGAGCGCCAGCUCACCAAGUCCAUGCUCAUCUACCCGCUAUUCAUCUCAGACCAGGACGACGAGGAAGUCCUCAUCCCCUCCCUACCAAACCAAUACCGCCGCGGCAUCAACAAGCUCGUCCCCUUCCUCGAACCUCUCGUCCGCAAGGGCCUACGCUCCGUAAUCCUCUUCGGCGUGCCCAUGCUCCCCGGCACCAAAGACGCCCUCGGCACCUCAGCCGACGACCCGGAAGGCCCCGUAAUCCGCAGCAUCCGCGUACUCCGCCAGCGCUUCCCGCAGCUCUACAUCACCUGCGACGUCUGCCUCUGCGAGUACACCUCCCACGGCCACUGCGGCAUCCUGCGCGACGACGGGAGCCUCAACAACCAGCUCUCCGUCGACCGCAUCUCCGACGUCGCCGUCGCCUACGCCCGCGCCGGCGCCCACUGCGUCGCGCCCUCUGACAUGAACGACGGCCGCAUCCGCGCCAUCAAGCUCAAGCUCAUCGAGGAAGGCAUCGUGCACAACGUGACACUCAUGUCCUACGCCGCCAAAUUCUCGGGGUGUCUCUACGGACCCUUCCGUGACGCCGCCGGGUCGGCACCGUCCUUUGGCGAUCGCCGCUGCUACCAAUUGCCCCCGGGCGGCCGGGGCCUCGCGCGCCGCGCUAUCGUGCGCGAUAUUGGCGAGGGCGCGGACAUCAUCAUGGUCAAGCCGGCGGGGCAGUACCUGGACAUCAUCUCUGAUGCUAAGGAGCUCGGCCGGGACCUGCCGAUUGCUGCUUACCAGGUUAGCGGGGAGUUUGCGAUGAUCCAUGCUGCGGCUAAGGCGGGGGUGUUUGAUCUUAAGGCUAUGGCUUUUGAGAGUACUGAGGGUAUUCUCCGUGCCGGGGCGACGAUUGUUGUCAGCUACUUUGUGCCGGAGUUUUUGGACUGGCUGUCUAACUAG